AUGAAGCUACUGUUAGCUGUCGGUAUCCUCGUGUUCAGCUGUUGGCAGGCGAACGCGUCCACAGCCCCGACAAUUCUCACUGAUCCUGUCGAGGUUAACAACCAGACCUCUGCCGUGCUAACCUGCAAUUUGACCGACACCAGUCUCGCCAUCAAGGGUUCGCACUGGGUGCACAACGGCAAAGUUAUCGAGGCGUCCAAAUCCACAGCUGCCGACUACAGUACAGUACUUCGUUUGGAUAAGAUCACACUUACCUCUGGUGGAAAGUACGAGUGUGUCUUCCUGAGUGAGCCACCAGUGAAGCAAACAAUUGAAGUCAAAACUGCCCCACACGUGGCAGCCUACAAGCACUCUGAGCACGGCAACGAGAGAGACAAAGGUGUGAUGGUGUGUGUGAGCCAUGGCUACCCGCUGCCCACUGACUGGACCUGGUUGAAGGUUCUACCAGAUGGUGUCCAAGAGCCCAUCAUCAACGGCACCAGUGACAAGUACGAGAUCAAGAGCACUCCCAACAAAACGGUGCUGACCGUAAACGACCUGAACAUCGAGAACGACGUGGGUGACUACAUCUGCUCAGGCGCCAGCGUCAUCGGGACAAACACCGACAAGAUUCACCUGCGCGUCCGCAGCCGCCUAGCUGCCCUCUGGCCUUUCCUCGGCAUCGUGGCUGAAGUCAUCAUUUUGGUGACCAUCAUCCUCAUCUAUGAGAAGAGGAGAAAGCCCGAUGAGGUUACCGACGACGAUGACUCAGGCUCGGCUCCUCUGAAGAGCAAUUCUAAUGCCAACCACCAAGACAAGAACGUGAGGCAAAGGAAUUCCAACUAG